GUCCAGCAGUCAUCGUCCUCUCCCCUAACUAGGCACCAAACUCAUUACUGUCUUCUUAAUUUAAUCCUAGCUCUCAGCCUUCACGUGUGUCAACAGUCAUGGUCUCCAGCAAGGUGCUGUCUGCAGUGACGCUGACAGUGAUUGCAACGGUGAUGACAGUGAUGAUGGGCCAGCUGACAGAGGCACACCCAGGGCUGGGGUAUGAGUACCCUCCAAUCCCGUAUGAAUUUUUGUACGGGGUGCGGGACCAGUACCAUGGGACAGACUUCGGCCACGAAGAGCAGGGCAACGGAGGCGCUGUCAGCGGCCGCUACUACGUGCUGCUGCCGGACGGUCGCCGGCAAGUGGUCACCUACACGGCAGACCACGUAAGGGGCUAUGUUGCUACCGUCACCUACGAGAACGCCGGUUUCAGUCCCCAGGGACCCACACCAGUCAUCAACAGCUAUUUCUAGAUCUACACACACACACACACACACACACACACAACACACACACACACACACACACACACACACACACACACACCAAACUACUGUUGUUAAUUCGUAACUUACCGUCAUUUUUAGCCCAUGGCCAAGAGCUGUGAAUCGACCCCUGCAACUACAAAUAGGUGAGAGCACAUACACACACCAAACUACUGUUGUUAAUUCGUAAUUUGCCGUUAUUUUUAGCCCUUAUUAAUCACAUUCUUUUAAUGCAAACCUAACAUUAGAAUUUAUUCCAUUAGGGCAUCUAUUAAUUACCUAUCUGUUUAAAGGUUUUUAUCCCUAUUAACACACUGUUUACUAUCUGUUAUUUAAUGAAUUUAAAAACGCUGGUGUCAGCGCUGAAGAGCCAGCCUUCAGCAUCUUAAUAUCCCAGUUUAGGACAUCUGUUGUUAAACCUAGUGAUGUAUAUACAUUUGUUUUGCACUUGUUAAGUUGUGACAUGUAGAGUGAAUAAUUAGAUUAUAUGUGUUUGUUUCAUGUUGUUCAUAAGAGAGUGACACAGCAGCGUGUGUUUACACAGUCUUCAGAGGUUACAGUGUUGCUGCAGUACAGCCAAGUGCUGUGACGAGUUAUCUUCGUCACAGUGUGUUGUGAUGAAUUAUCUUGGUCACAGAGUGCUGCUUUUAUAUAUAUGCUGCUCACAGUGCUGCGAAACGAGCUACCCCUCGCUCACAGUGCUGUGACAGUGCAAUCACAAGGUGCUGUGAAGGACCAUCUAGUCUUGUAUAGUGUGAUCGACCGACCUAAGUAAAGAAUUACUACAAAGACCCUUUUUUUCAAUUGACAUCGACCAGUCUGGACUCUGCAUGAUUUUACUCCUGAAGUCGACACUCACAAAUACCAAGCUACGAACGUACUCUACUGCCCACUUGACCGUAACUGCCGGACUUGUCGACUGUGCUUAAUAUAACCUGUUAACUAUGCUUGUAGGACCUGUCGACUGUCCCUGAGGAACCUAUCGACUGUGCUUGUAAAAUAUGCCUGUGAUACAAACCUCAUACACCUGUCUGUCGAAUAUUUCAUGACCUGUCGAGAAAAACACAUACCUGGCAACCUUGACACUGCCCUGUUUACCUUGACUGACUUACACCUGUCAAUUGUAGCAGACAUCUGUUAUCUAUAAUAGACACCUGUCAAUUUUAAUAAUGUCAUGUCAGGUUAUUAAUAACAUUAGGGGAAAAACUGAACUGCACGCCAAAAAAAAAAAACUUUUCCCCCU